AUGAUCCUAGUUUACCUAAUUCCACUUAUCCAAUGCGUUGAGUCCUGCACUGAUCAACACACUUCACCCAAUCCAGUGACAGGGUCUCAAAGUGAACCUGACACAUUUGCGCUUUCUUACAGAGAUGGUGCCUCUUUUAACUUUGAAUCAAAAAUCCACAACCUAAAAGAGGUUAUUGAUGUUACCUUUGGACAUGCCGUUGGUAUAUUUACGAAGAUGUUUGACGAACUGGCAAGACACAAUCAUCAACAGAAUAACCAACCAGAAUCAAAUGUGCAAUUAGUAGCUCAAUGUACUGAAUUGGAGAGGAAAAUCUCGAAUAUCGAAGAAGUGCUCAGUAGAGUUCUCAAUGUUGAUAAAUCCAAGGAAGAAAAUGAGCAAUUUGAAAAUAACAGUGGAAUUGAAACAACAAGUGGUGUUGAUGAGUUAAAUGGAAACAGCCUGAGUAAAAGUGAAGAUCGCCACUCUGACAGAAGUCUGAAUGACCUUGAUAACAUCCCAAAUAGCCCAAAACCAAACACAUUUGUACCGAAUAUUUGUGAAACAAAUAUUGAUCAAGACAAAAAUGUUGAAUCCAAUCGGAAUACAAAGGCACCUAAGGAUGAAACAAGUGAGGAAAACAAUGAGGAAAAGGUGGAUCCGCCUAAAACAACCAUUGCUGUACCAGAGGAUACAAAACAGGUUGUAGAAGUUAUUGAUGAGGAAGUUGUCAUUGCAGUGGUACCUGUUACCAUAACAAAUAUUCAUUCAAAUGACGUGAAAACCAAAACAGCUACUACAACAGUAUGUCUGAGUAAUUCCCCUAAUCCAGUGGUAUCAGAAUAA